AUGUUUAAUCAUUCUAUGUUUGAGUCCGGUUAUGAUAAUGAUGGUAUUCAUGUUUAUUAUCGUAGAGAACGAAUUAAUUUAAUGACAGCUAUAUCGUUUGAAGACCUUGGUUUUGGCUACGCUCGUGAUCCUUUUCACGUUUGCUUUGCUGGUCAUAUUAUUAAUGGAGCACAUCCUGAUUCAUUUCAAGUGCUUGCUGGUGCCUAUGCAAAAGAUAUAUUUCACGUUUAUUAUCAAGGAGAAAAAAUGCCUGGGUUAAUGGCAUCAACAUUUGUUUCAUUGGGAAACGGCUAUGCUAAAGAUUCAUUGAAUGUUUAUUACUAUGGUCGUAAAGCAGAAUAUCUUAGUUCUAUUUGA